CUUGGCAGUCUCUCGUCGCGACUCGCGGAGAUCGAACGCAGUUCGAGUGACAUCGAAACCUCGAGCGGAUCUGCGAGCGGAAAUAGAUCGUUUUCGUGCUGUCGCGAGAUAACGACGAUCGAUUCGAACAGCUUGCUCCAGUGAGUUACAGCGUGACUGUCGCGGAAUCUUUCUUUCGCUGUCUUCGACGCAUUCGCUUGCGUAAUCGAGAUUGUACUGAAUUUACUCGGCAACGAGGAUCGGAAAAUUUUUCAUUCGGAUAUGAAAAUAGUGGUAGUGUGACCUUGCUUCAUAUAAGAGUUACUGGAGAAAAUUGAUUGGAAGCUCGUUGUGCAGCUGGGAUUAUCGAUUCCUUAUCGCUGUUUAACAAUAUAUCGAUAAUAUCGUUAAGAUAUUGUCAAAUAUGUAGGGUACUCAGUGAACUCUAAUUUCAUCGUUGGAUAUUCAUAUUUAUUGUUCAACAUUUAUAUACAUAUUACGUUUUCGACAGAAUUUGUCAUCUAUUAAGACGGUUUCAUAGAAUGGUAUUUUUCGGGAUUUGGAGGUUUGAUGAAUUUGUAAGUGCAGUAUAGGAAUUUGAUUUUGUAUCUGAAAUAUUUCUGAUUUUGAGAAGUGAAGAAUUUAGGUAUACUUUAGUUUGGUAAAUUAGGAUCAAUGUUUAUUAAUAGUGAAAUAUUAAGUAGUCUUUCUCUUGGUCUCUCCUCUAAUUCAUCUUCAAUCCUCCAAUAAGAAAAUCUCAGAUAGACUUCAAAUUCUCUUGGAUCCUAAAUUCUCGUACACAAGUCUCGUUCUCUUAAGAAAUAUUGCCAAAUAUGGUCAACAUGGUCCUCCAAUUUGGACAUCUCAAAAUUUAUUGAAAAUUUGAAAGCAUCCACAAAAAUCGAACAUCAAAAAUUGUGAAUUUAUUGCGUUUACAUCCAAAGAGACCUACGUUGCACCCAAGUGAACAUGAACAUGUGAAAAGUGAACAGAGAAAAUGAUGAAUGAAAUUGGUGACUUAUGGAGGCCGAGAGGAUAAACGUUGUUUAUAGUGGAAGCGAUUAUUUCGAAAGAGUGUGGGUAACACGUGAAGCGAGCUCGAGCCAGCAUUUUCGAUCGUGAUCGUUGCGCAAGAAACGCAGGCUGGCGAACGCUUCCGCGUGGUCGCGAUCGUGUCCGCAUAGAAAUGCAAUCGACAACCGACAGGCGUCUCGAAGCCGGCUAGAACACAGGAGCCACGUGCAUUCCAUGACGACCUCGAUGAUCAUGGUGGCGGUGAUACGUGACUUCCCCGGCCGGAAGCGGACGUUUCGAUUUCCUUCGCGAGACAUCGCCGCGUGAUGCGCGCAACCCAAAAUUGGUUGAUCGAAAAUAAUAACUCGCCUUAUCGGACCCCUCCCUCUACUGCCGCCAAUAUUAUCGACCGAUAACGCCGCCUCUGAUAAAGUUUAAGUGUUUCCACGUAGCUCCGCUCUUUCACUUCUCGGAAUGUUGUUGUUUUUUAGACAGAAUUCUUUUGACUGAUCUUUCUGUAGGUAUAUUUAUUGGGGAGUGAUGGAGUAUUUGUCUAAAUCUCGAACCUUUUUACUGAUCUUAGUGAAACCUGAUUACUGAUCGUGGACCAUAUGUGUUCGUAUGUGAAGACAUUCGUGAUGUCACAGGUGAAUCAUCUCGUGAGCCAAUCUUUUGAAGCACGAACAUAAUAGAAAUAUUUUUGACAGCUCAGUUGGAAACCUUCAAGAGUUUCGACUCGGAAUUCGAAUAGAAUUAUUACAGAGUUGAAAGGCAUCUUUCUACACUUUGAGAUCGUUAGCACUUUCUCCUCUGGAAGGAUUUUCUCUGUCCAGCAUAAGCUUACCCACGGUUUAUCCUUCCAAAACUUUGAACCAUUUUCGAACGGUCUUUCGUAGAACGUCGGAAACAAACGGUGAAACGUUUAUGCGACCCGACAGAAUUCCUUUGCGAGGAAAACAUACUCCGUGUUUGAACAGCUGUUAGGAGGGUGGUUAUGUUGCCGAAGACCGUAGAUAACGAUUCUCGCAAUCUGUCGAACGGUAACAAAGCUGUUUGUGUUGGUCCUUUCGCAAAAUUCUUAUCGUGCAUCAGUUUUAAGUGCAUUUGUGGGUUUUUCUUGGUAGUUCUCUUUUGUCGUAAACCUUGACCAUUUUAACGCGGGUUGCCACGUGAAAAGAAAGUUUCAAGAAGCCACGUAUAUUAGUACCUCUACCUAUAAUGCACAUUUUGUGUCAUUUCGAUGAUAGCAAUUUAGACAUUUCCUCAAUCUGUUCGAUACAGAUAUUAUUCAGCAAUCACAUUGCAAAGUAAUACGUCUCGACUGUUCCUUUUUCGCGUGUACAUUGUAGUAUCUGGGAUUUCGUUUGCACAGAUAAUGUAAAUGUUACUGACUCAGCGAUAUUUUGAAUGUUACAUAACAUUUAAAUAAAACGAGUGUCAGACAGCGAAAGAUAGAUUCAUUUACGAAGUCAAUUUAUAAAAUAUUCACGAAUGUUAAUACAAAAAUUACAGUGCCCAAUGAUUUUGUGAUAUUGAGUCUCAUUUGGAUAUUUGGAGUCAGAAAGCAGUGUUAUCGAUCGGUCAUCGAUCAAAUUGUUACCCGUGAUUGGUGUGAAUCGAUAAAGAUUUAUGAAUGAGCGUCGACAGAGGUCUGAACAUGCUGCACAAGCAUGGAAGCAACAAAACGAAGAGUAGCAUGCUACACAGAGGCAGGGACGCCUUUCUGAAAUCCAUGUCCGAGUUCCCAGUGGAGGGAGGGGACAACGGUGACAUGCACACUGUCAUGGAGAACUUCCAGAAGAAAAACAAUCUGGUGACAGGCAGGAGCCAUGUCAGCCACCACCCUCAGGUCACUUCCUCGUCACAGAUGCUGACGACGAACCAGAGCCAGAGCAGCAGUAGCUCGAGCAGGGUAGCCAAAUCCUCACAGAGGAUUCUUACCUCGUCCUCGUCGAGUGAGAUGAAAGCUAGCUCCAUGAAGAGCGACCUAAGGGAACUUCAACGUGGCAUUUCUGAAAUGAAGAAUAACAUAUCGACUAACUUCUCGCAACGAUUACGCAGCAGUAUGGAGAACCUCGUAGACAGGGACGGAAACGGAGCCGAGGAAGGCGAUUUGACGGAGCCGUUGGUGACGUUUCCAGAUCCAGACACGCCGCCCCCUGUCACGGGAGCUGUCACACUGCCGGGUGGAUCACCCUCGCAGCUCACCACAUUGAAUUCGCUCAACAAUCUUCACAACAUGAGCCCACCGAUCAGUAUGUCGAACAUUUCGAACAUGACGAAUUUACCUGCUGGACAGGAGACGAUGAAGUUCGAGCAGAAGAAAAUGACCAGCGCCUCCAAAACGAAGGUUGUCACAGACGGUUUCAGCGCCGAAAAGGCGACUGCAAAUAGCGCCGAGAUGAGAGCUUUACAAGCUGGUGACGUAUCCUACAAGGAACAGAGCGCCGCGACGGCGGCCAGGGCACGCGUCGAACUUGAUGGCGUCUCGGCUGAGAAGAGCGUCGCCGCGGCAAGGGAACAGAGAAGCUUGAAAGCUGGCGACUUGUCGCACCAAGAAAGCAACAACAUGGCAGCAUCCACGAUGAAGCUGCAAAGUGACUCCUUCAGCUCAGAAAAGAAAGCCAUGGCGGCACAGCAGCAAAGACAAACGGUCACCUCGACCGGCAUCUUCAACCAAGAGAAGCACAUGUUGACCACCAGCUCGCAGUCGAGCAUCACGAUAGCCUCAAACGGAGUGGCCUCAAAGUCCUCGAUGAUCAGCGCAGCGAAUGCAGUGAAUCAGUUAAUGAACGGCAUGAGGCCAGCCGAAGACGAGCUACUCGCUUUACCCUUGGACGAUCUCGAUCUCCUCUGUUCAAAGUCGAAUCCUCAGGACGUCGAUCGCGCCAUCGCCAAGUACUCCAACUUCUUGGACAGCUUCGUGGAGCGUCUGAAGGCGAACGACGGGAAGAACGGCAAGGCUCCGUUGCUUCUGAACAGAGUGAACGAGAUAAUCAGAAAAGCCUGGGCUGUACCGACUCAUGGACACGAGUUGGGUUACACCUUGUGCAAUACCUUGAGGACGAGAGGAGGCCUUGAUCUCCUCAUGUCUAAUUGUGUGGCCAGCGACCAGGAUCUGCAGUUCUCCUCGGCCAGGUUGCUGGAACAAUGUCUGACCACCGAGAACAGAGCGCACGUGGUGGAACACGGGCUCGAGAAAGUGGUGAACGUUGCGUGCGUCUGUACGAAGAACGCCAACUCGGUGGACCACUCCAGAGUGGGCACCGGUAUCUUGGAACACCUGUUCAAGCACAGCGAAGGGACCUGCAGCGACGUGAUCAGGCUAGGUGGUCUGGACGCCGUGCUGUUCGAGUGCAGGAAGAACGACGUCGAGACGUUGAGACACUGUGCAGGUGCUUUGGCUAAUUUAUCCUUGUACGGUGGUGCGGAGAACCAGGAGGCCAUGAUCAAGAGAAAAGUGCCCAUGUGGCUGUUCCCUCUGGCGUUCCACAACGACGACAAUAUCAAAUACUAUGCCUGCCUGGCCAUCGCUGUACUGGUAGCCAACAAAGAAAUAGAAGCCGCGGUGCUGAAAUCGGGCACCUUAGACCUGGUCGAGCCAUUUGUCACCUCGCACAAUCCUUACGAGUUCGCUAAAUCCAACCUGGCACACGCUCACGGUCAAAGCAAGAACUGGCUGGAGAGGCUGGUACCCGUGUUGAGCUCGAAGCGAGAGGAAGCCAGGAACCUGGCCGCCUUCCACUUCUGCAUGGAAGCGGGUAUUAAAAAGCAACAGGGUAACACGGAAAUAUUCCGCGCCAUUGGAGCGAUUGAACCUCUGAAGAAAGUCGCCAGUUGUCCCAACGCCAUCGCCUCCAAGUACGCGGCACAAGCUCUGCGGCUGAUCGGUGAGGAGAUCCCGCACAAACUCAGUCAGCAAGUUCCUCUCUGGUCGACGGAGGAUGUCCGGGAAUGGGUGAAGCAAAUCGGGUUCGCGGAAUGCGCGCAGAACUUCGUGGAGAGCAGGGUGGAUGGUGAUCUCCUGCUGCAACUGACCGAGGAGAAUCUCAAGGAAGAUAUAGGACUCACGAACGGUAUCAGAAGGAGACGGUUCACCAGAGAGUUACAGAACCUGAAGAAAAUGGCAGACUACAGCAGUCGAGACACGGGUAACCUGAACAGCUUCCUGCAGUCGAUUGGUCAGGAGUUCUCCAUCUACACGUACAGUAUGCUCAACGCUGGCGUUGACAAGGACUCGAUCAGAAAUCUGUCGGAAGAUCAGCUUCAGACAGAGUGCGGGAUCACAAACAGUAUUCACCGGUUAAGGAUACUGGACGCCAUCAAGAACAUGCAACACAAUCAGUUGGGCUCGUGCGAAGACGAGUCGCCCGACAAAUCCUUGGAUGUGUUCGUUAGUUAUAGGAGAUCGAACGGAUCUCAAUUGGCCAGUUUAUUGAAGGUCCAUUUGCAAUUACGUGGUUUCUCUGUGUUCAUCGACGUCGAGAGGCUAGAAGCUGGGAAAUUUGACAAUAACCUACUGCAGAGCAUCAGACAAGCGAAACACUUCCUCCUUGUGCUCACGCCCAAGGCUUUGGAAAGGUGUAUACAAGACACUGAGUGCAAGGACUGGGUUCAUAGGGAGAUUGUAGCAGCUCUACAGUCGCAGUGUAACAUAAUACCCAUUAUAGACAACUUCCAGUGGCCAGAGCCUGAAGAACUCCCUGAAGACAUGCGAGCAGUAUGUCAUUUCAACGGUGUACGGUGGAUCCAUGACUACCAGGACGCAUGCGUAGACAAGCUUGAAAGGUUUAUGCGAGGCGAGAUACCAGUCAGAUCAGAUAUUCCAAGGAGUAUCGCGCCCAAAGAUGUGACCCAACCGAACACGCCGGGUAACACAAACAUUCGACAACCACCCAAUUACCAACGUAUGCACAGUAACGAAAGUAGGGGUAGCGACAAGGAUUCAACAGGUGGGCGAGAUUGACUAGAAGGCCCGCCCACAGCCAUACCGAGCAGGCUUAGAAAAUCGUCGAGUCCGUCCCGUUGGUUAAUGGGUUUACCGCCUACGUCUCCGCGAUUGAAGUUCACCCACACGCACCUUGGAGGAAGUCCAGUGCCUCGAAGACCUCCUCGUCACCCUCCUUCCCCGUCCGCUAGAUCUCGUUCG